GGGGGAGGGAUGUGUGGCUCUUUGCACUACUAUCCACAGCUCUUUGGCUCUUAGUGUCUAAUUGGCUGGCCACCCCUGACAUAUUAACUACCAUUCUGGCCAACCGUAAUCAGUUUUGUAGCUGUAGUUUGACCAUCACUGAAGAGUUUGUUUGCUAUUGGUGUCUAAAAAGAAGGUUGAACUGAUGGAAGUUCCAAUCCAGAAAUGUAGGUGCAAACUUUGUUGCAGUAUGGUUAGUUAACCCUGUAUGUCUAUCUGCAGUAGCCUUUUUUUAUAGAGAUCAUUUGGAUCAAUUACUUCCAAUCCCAGAAUCUGAUUUGGAGUAGAGAGAUGGCAAAUCAGUUUUUCUGUUUGAAAGCAAUGAACUAACAGACACUGGAUGAAGCUAUCCUGUUCACCGAAUCCUACUUUACACAACCCAAAGAGUCAUCGAAUUACUAAAAUUUGUUCAGUUUUCAGUUGUAUCUGAGUAAAGACAUUUGGGGAAUGACAAAUGUUCUCUGUAUUUCAGGUGAUGGACCUUCUCUCUCUCUCUCAUUCUGUUUAUACUGUUUAAUCAUAACCUGAAAGGCAUUAUCCUAAAACUGUUAUCUGGUCUAUUUCACUAGCCAGUGCAGGAGUAUUCUUGAGAAAUCCAGUUUUAAGUGUCUCAAGCAAUAAGGUUUUCUUGAGGAACCUAUUACAGUAUCGACCAUCAUUUUUGACAACUUUAUUUGUACUUAGCCAAGUUUUGUCUUACUUUUGUGCUGCUAUUCUUGGUUAUACCUAUAAUUAUCCUGCUCCCUCAUUGGCAUCAACUAUCCACAAUGAUUUGAAAAGGGGAUGUAUCCAUUUUAGUUGUGAUUAGUCAGAUAGCUACUUUAAUGUUUCUUCUUAAAUCAGGCUCCUUGAGUAAUUUAAUCACUUUUUUCCCCUGAAUAUCCUCAAAUUUGUUAGUAGUGAGUGCUGAUAUUGGCUUGUUUAGAGAUGAAUACAGUUCACAUCAGAGUUUGAGAGAUCAGGACAUAACCUCUUUCCUUCCUGUGUAGCCCUGAAUCACUUUCCCCCCUUCUUUGUCACAUACAAGUUCAUAUCUAAUUUACUGUCCACUGUCACCCCAAGUAUCUUUUUCCCUCCACCUAUGAUCUAGUUUACAUUCCCCAGAAUAUUAAAUGCAUUUAGUUCAAGUUGAAUCAUAUGGACUAAAAUAAAUUAAUGCCCUUAUUUCUAUAGUUCCUAGAUUUCUUAUUGCUUCUCAGACUUCCCUGGUGUUUGCAACACCUCCCAAUUUAGCUAUCUCGAAUGCCUUUAAUGCUGUAAUUUUUUUUCUUUUUCUGCCGCACAUUAAUGUAUAAAGAUGUCAAAUGAAAAUAAACCUCAUCUUGACUGAGCAGUGUCUCCUGAUGCUUGGUACAUUGCAGUUAUCACUAACCUUUUUAAAAUUGGGUUGAAGGACUGUAGCUAGUUCCUGUGACAGGGUUCUUAUAAAGGUAAUUUGGAAGUGCUGUAAAAUGCAUGUGUCAUGACUCCUCCUGUGAUGGUGAUUGCAAAGCUAUGCAGUCACGGAGUGUUGAACAGCUUCAUAUUGAAUUGAUUUCAAUUUAAAUAUAGUGGUUUACAGAGAGCUUAGUUCUUGUGGCACAUGGUUAUACAUUCAGAAAUGCAAGCGUGGUGUCGAAGGGAGUGUUUAGUAUUUAGAAUAGGGUGAGGGCGUUAGGACUCCUGGGUUCUCUCUUCCGCUUUUGUCACUCUGUCCAUGUAAGAGUGGGCAGUUCAUUUAAUCUUUUUUUGCCUCAGUUUUCCAUAAAUAAUAUCCAGGAUUGGAUCUCGCUAGGCCCAAAGAAGACCGUUUAAUGGACACGGGGAGGUCCAGCAUCUUGCAGGGGAUCGUUAGCAUUCCAGCUGAUCUCCUCUCCUGGCUGCCAACUCCACUGCCAGCCCUGGCCACCAGGCUCCCCUGCUGGCCCUGGCCAGGCUCUGGUGCUCUGGGCUUCUUGUUCCCUAGCUGCCAGACUGGCCCUGCUUCUGGCCCCAGCUGGGCUCUGGCCACUGGCUCUUCUGCCACUGCCCCCUGCCCUCACCAGCCCAACUCUACUCCCGGCUGACAGCCCAGCCCUGCUUAUGGCCUUGACCAGGCUCCGGCCACUGGACCAGCUUGGCCACUGGCCCCCGGUCGCUGGACAGUCUCCACUCCUGGCCCUAGCCACUGGCCUGGCUCCACUUCCGGCAGCCAGCUGACCAUUCUGAUGCCAAACUCCCGGCCACCCCCUGCUCGCUCCAGGAGCUCUCCAGUCCAGCAAUAUCCAUGGUCCGGCACCAGAGUCCUGGACCAGAGAGGUUGAACCUGUAGUUCGAAUACUCCUCUUUGUCCAAUGCUUUGAGAACCCUAUGUCAGUGAAACCUUUGGUCAGUGAGUGCAGAUGGACGUGAGAAAUGUUGCUUUUAAAAGUUUUUAAAUGGAAAAAUGAAACACUCCAUUUGAAAUCCUACUUUUUAAUCUGACUUCUUCAUUUUCAGAUCUCUUUAAUAAAGCUCCAGAUGGUGGUUGGGAAGGGUGAGGAGGAUAAUUCCAGAAUGUGCGAAAUGCGUUAACUAAGGUCUGAGGUCCCAGCCUGAGGUGAGGUACAGGGAAGUUAUUAACUCUCGCCCUUCUUGUUGCUCUAAAAGGCGAGGACAUUUAAGAGAUGAAGUGCUAUUAGGGGAUAGUUGUGUAAAAGAAACUAGACCUCCUUUGGGAUUUAGAAGCUAGGCUAUGAAACUUCUUGUUGUGGGGCAGAGGGGUAUAUGAGUGAUCAGCAGUGGAGUCUUAUGGAAAUAAAUAGGGGUGGGAGUUUGCGACAUUUCCUUGUCCACAUUCUGUAGGAGUCUCUUCGUGGUAAAAAGUUUAAAACUUUCCCAGUGCAACUUUUGAUGGUGUAUCAUUCUACAGGUCUCCUGGUAUGUCUGGUGUGUGCAGCACAUUUAUCUGCGGGUUGCUCUGUUUGGAUUCUACAUUAGAAUGAUGUGAACAAUUACAUUUCUAUGUGAUAUUUUGUUUAACAUGCUACUUGUUUUUCUUUAGCACUUAUACUUUUCCUGGGAAAGGCACAUAAGGAGGUCACCUUUUCAGAACUGCUCUUAUCCCGUUUAGGUCUUGUCUUCACUACAUGAUGGAUCUACACUGAAGUGAGUGAUCCACUGGCGGUCGAUUUGUUGUGUCUGCUUAGACACGAUAAAUCGACGACCGAGAGCUCUCCUGUCCAUUCCGUUACUUGACCAGGGUGAGACAAGUAGCUGGAGUCAACAGGAGAACAGCCCCUGCUGACCUUACCGUGUGGAAGACACUGCGCUUUGCCCCGCUGGAUGAAAUAUGGGAGACGACAGGCCGUUUGUGUGCAAUGCCCCCGGCUGUGGACAGAGGUUUACAAAUGAGGACCACCUGGCAGUUCAUAAACACAAGCAUGAGAUGACAUUGAAAUUUGGUCCUUCCCGAACCGAUUCAGUCAUCAUAGCAGAUCAGACUCCGACUCCGACCCGCUUUUUGAAGAACUGCGAGGAGGUGGGGCUCUUCAACGAAUUGGCCAGCUCCUUCGAGCACGAAUUCAAGAAAGCCACCGAGGAGGAUGAGAAAAAGAGUGCUGGGCCUCUGGACAUGUCCUUGCCCUCCACGCCAGACCUCAAAAUCAAGGAGGAGGAGCCAGUCGAGGUGGAUUCUUCUCCUCCAGACAGCCCGGUGUCCAGUCCGCAGUCCCCCCAGGCCCAAGAGAAGGAGAGCGCUUCCCAGCCCGUGAUCAUUUCUACGCCUACUCCGACCAUCGUGCGCCCGGGGUCGCUGCCGCUCCAUUUGGGAUAUGACCCGCUCCACCCCACGCUCCCCUCCCCGACCUCGCAACAGACAGCUGGGGUAAGAGACGCUCGGCCGUGGACCGGCACGUGGACAGGGUCUCCCACGGGCUCCCUGCCUCUAGUCAUGCACCUUGCGAACAGCCAGACCAUGCCGGUCCUCCCCGGCCCUCCUGUACAGAUGCCUUCUGUUAUCUCGCUGGCCAGGCCAGUGUCCAUGGUGCCCAACGUUCCUGGGAUUCCUGGGCCGCCCAUCGGCAGCAGCGGGGCCAUCUCGCCGUCGGGCCUGCCGAUGCACUCGGAGGCGAAAAUGAGACUGAAGGCCAGCCUCGCGCACCAGGUGUCCUCCUCGCUGAACGGCAGCGGCACGGCUCUGGGGUCCGCGAGCACCAUGGUGACCUCCCGUCCGGAGCAGGGACAGAUCCUUCUCCAGCACCCGGACGCGCCCUCCCCCGCUCAGCCGCAGGUCUCCCCUGCCCAGCCCACGCCGAGCACUGGCGGCCGACGCAGACGCACGCUGGACGAAGACCCGGAUGAGCGCAGGCAGCGUUUCCUGGAGCGGAACCGUGCUGCCGCCUCUCGCUGCCGUCAGAAACGCAAGUUGUGGGUGUCUUCCUUGGAGAAGAAAGCGGAGGAGCUCACGACACAGAACAUCCAGCUGAGUAAUGAAGUGACACUACUGAGGAAUGAAGUUGCUCAACUGAAACAGCUUCUGCUGGCCCACAAGGACUGCCCCGUCACUGCACUACAGAAGAAAACACAGGGCUAUCUCGAAAGCCCAAAGGAGAGCGCUGAGCCGGCCGGGUCCCCUGCACCCGUCAUCCAGCACAGCUCCGUGGCUGCCUCCCCCAGCGAGCUCAGCGUCCGCUCGGCCGCGGAGGCCGUCGCCACGUCCGUCCUCACUCAGAUGGCAAGCCAAAGGACAGAGCUGAGCAUGUCCGCCCAGUGGCACGUCAUUAUGGCCCCACAGUCUCAGUCGGCUGGCAGAUGAUGUCACACGCCAUGUGACCGCGAACUAACCCGUAAGAACUUGCCGCCAGAGACCGAGCGCGACUACGUCCCUGCUUGAUGGGGGCCGAGACGGAUUUUUUGUAAGUGAGUUAAGGGCAGCUACGGAAGCUUCUCUGCUGCAAAUCCUAGACAGACCCUGGCCCCGAACCAUUGUUGUGUGAUCACCGGUCCACACAGGAUCACGCCUGAGCCCCUACCGAGGGGUCAGUCCACUUGCAGAAUCGCCCGAACACACAGAGCCUCCUCGCACGGGGCGUGUUCCGGGCUCCGCUCCGUUAACACUAAACCUCCGUGUCACCGGUUGGCAAAGGAAUUCAGCUGGGGGGGGCUGUGGACUUCCUGGUGCUGUCCCUUGGUUUUGAACCGCGUGCUGCUUCCACUCGUCCGUUUCCCUGGCACUGCUCCCUCCCCCCGAAACGUUGCACCUUGGCACACGGUCGCGGUCCGGGCUUUCUGCUCGGGCGAGGGAGGGCGAAAGGGCUGAGGGUGACGGGCUUUCUAGCUUCCCUGACACCAAAGCUGUCUAGUUCUGAAGCACUCCGGGCUCUUCUGAAACUAACCCACUUGAGGUGCUGCACCUCGGGGGCGCAGUAAGGGUUCAGUCACUGGUGCAGCCGUGGGAACCGCGACAUUUCGGAUGCUUCUCAUUUCAGCCACACCGCAGCCGCUAAGGAGUCAGGUGCCACCUUCAGCAAGGCGCCUGCUUCUAAGCCUUGCACGCAAGAGUAGAGCUGCGCGGCUGCCCUGGGUGAUGUGUGAGAGGAGGAGCUGGAGCAGACGGAUCCGAUGAGUCGCUGCCCCCCUCCGCACAUCACGAAUUGAAACAAACCGACCCCAUGCGUGUCAAAGGAUCCUCUCCCCUGCGUGUGACCUGCUGACCUUAUUAAGCAGUGGCCUUGAAGGAGGGGAGGUGCAGGCAUAUCCUGCUUGUCUGGCCUUUUACCUCGUGAAUGGUUUUCUUCUGCUCCUGGUAAUGCUACAGCCAUUGCUUUUGCUCAGGAGCACAUGCAGGUUCCUGGGGUAGAUUUAAACUAGUUUAACGGCACUUGGAAUGACCUGCUUCUUGCCAAAGUGAGUGUGCGUGCUUCCUUUAGGCUGCCGUGACCCUCUGCUGGCUGGGUACUAGUUGUGGGUUUGCAUUCGUACUUGGGGAGCCGGAAAGGGCGACUGUGUGAAUUGGUGCUGCGGCAAACCCUCCUGCUGACCCAAUCUGCGCAUCAUCUUUCUGUCCCUCUUUACAGGUGCUUUUCCUUCCGUAGGGCUCUGACAUCCUCCCCUGCGAUGCCAGCCCACCUCCGCUUGCACUAGCCACUUUGACCCAACUUCCUUCGCUCGGCUGAGGCAGUCGUGUGGCUUGUCUAGACUUGGAAUAUUUGCCAGGGACACCAAUGCCCAGAGCAAAAUCGGAGCCUGAAGAAUUUGACCCUGCAGAUGUAGGGAAGUCCCAUUUACUGCUUCUCUAACCAGGGGUUUCUUCUCCCCUUUUCCAUGGUCCUAGUUGUCUCUCAAUACACUACUGCCCUCUGUCCCACACAGUCAUGCCAGAGACCUUGGGCCCCAUUAGCCUCCGUUUCUUUGCCCUCUCAAUGUUCAAAGACUCCGGAGCGAGCAGCUCUUGGGUCUGUUCAGCGCCUGUGUCGUUACUGCAAGAGGCGUUCCAGGGCAGAUGCCUUUUUUGGUUUUUGUUCUUAACGUUUUUGUUUAUCCAGAGAAUUUGCAUCCCGGAAAGCGCUUGGAGUAGGACUGUCCCAGCAGAGUGUCUGUUUCCUUUCUAACCCAGAACUGUAAGAUCGUCUGUGGAUAGCACAGCUGGCUUGGAAAUGGUUUGUAAAGUGUCUCAGCCUUAUCGGACGAGACACGGGGUUGAGGCGAUGUGGUCGGAGGUCUGAUACGACAGCAGGGGAUCCGUUUGUAGCCAGUGUAGUCUCUCUUGCUGCCUUGGAAGGGAGGAGCGCGCAUCGCUCCGGUGUCUGGCUGAACAUGUGAGGCCCAAACAGCUUGUGUGAGAGAACUGAUCGUGCUGCUCUUCCUGCCAGCAGGCCGCCGUUAGCGCCACAAAGCUAGUGGCUGUGGAACAAGAGGCAGGGGAACCCGUCUGAACGCCAGCGCCAGUGCUCGUUGAGACCCACCGCUAGGUAGGUGCUGCCCGGUGGCACCACCUUUGGUGCAUUCAGAUCCAGGACACGGCUGUGCAGUGGGGGAUGGGUUGUAAGCAGCGCCCGAGCUGGACCAGUGUGAACAGGCGUUUACCGGAAGCGGCCUGGUGUCGGUGCUAGUUUCCACGGUGAUUGGUACAAUGAAUCUCUGUACAGAUCCCGUAUCUGGUUGGGGUCCCUGGAAAGCCUCACGCGUGUGCCCGGCUAUCCGGGAGUCCUUUAUUUCCUCCUUCCCGCUCCUCGACCGCCGAGGGGGAUCUGUGCUAGUCUGUCGCUGCAAAGCCCCGUGGCGCCGCACAGACUAACCACUUUUAUCGCUGCACCUUGCUGGCAGUGCCACGCAGGAGCGCUCGCCGGCGCCUCACAGCGCUGCACCUUGCUGUGCUCGGGGAAGGGGAAGGAGGGUGUGUUUUCACACCCCAGACCAGAAAGCUGCAGCUUAGUGAAGUGGCCUUGUAGACUUAGCUUGAGUGUCCGCGCCUUAACUCCUGCUCCACCCAGAACAGGCUUCGAAUUGCAGAACGGCCCUUUUCUCACCAGCAAAUCCCCCGAAUAAGGGCGAGCCGCUCAGGCCUGUGGCCCCACGCUUGCUCCUUCCUAAAAGGAUGGGUCAGUCACUCGGCCACCCAGUCGGGGGGUUUCUCUCACCCCCCUCUGACUGUCUGGGCCCUGGACUUGCCUCUCCCUGUGGUCUGGAGAUUUGGCUGCACUCCUGGAGGUACGGGGCGUGGGUGACUCGCUGUAGAUCCUGAUUCGAGGGGUUGAGUGAGCAGGAGAAAGCGAGAGGAUAGGUACGGUGGUCCUUAGUCGCUACAGCGGGAAGUUCGGCAACCCUGAUCAAGUGGCACUGACUGAAACGUAUGUGAACUUGCUCUCUGAGACGUCCGUGUCAAAUCUGGCUGCUUUUUGCCCUCCUUACUUAACCACUAGGGAUCAAAACUUACACAAGUCUGCAGUCUGGGAGUUGCUAGCAGGUCCUGCCAGAAAACCAUGGCUGGCCAGACAGGCUGAGACCACGUGCCCUACUG